GUGGAGGCGAUAGGUUCCUCUGAAACAUCGGUUAACAAAGUAUCUACAUGGCGCCACAUCCCAAAAGACUGCUUUCAAAAAAUCAAUGCAAUAAAACUCUUUUUAGUUCUCUAUUUAAAAGAACAGAUUUCCUCACUUUCCUUGGGCAAUUUGAUUUUCUGAGCAGAAAUUCACAGCAUUUAAAUUGAUGGACUCUGUUUCAACCUUUAUAAUUCUUUAUGUUAAUAUUUUGGCAGUAUUUUUCCAGCUACUUUCUCUCAUGCCAUCAGUAGAAGUGGUCAGGUAAAGGAGUGAUGAAAAAUGUCUUAGUGACCAUGUGAUUAGAAAAGGAGGUGCUGAAAAUAGUACCAAAAGAAGAAUCUACAGCAUUUACUGAAGAUGUUAAGAAAUUUUAAGAGGAAUAUUUUGUGAACAGAUGCUGAGAGUUAUGUUUAUCAAUUAAACUUUGUGGAAUUGUUCUCAGUAUUCUGCAGCACAAAGAUGACUCAGCAGGCAGUGUUCAAAUAAAUUACACAAUUCCAUACAGUUGAUAUGUGAAUAUUUAUGAAGGAAUUAUGUUAUUAAUUACGCAACAGAUAAGGUCUACAUAACACACAAGUUCAAGACUUUUACUGAUUUCACUGCUUAGAAACUUUGAAGUACUCUGAAUGGUUUUGAAGAUUAUAAAGGAAAAUAAAUUUGUGCUUUGAAAAUGCAUCAGAUUAAAGGCUUCUUUUUAUGAAAGGUCCUGAUUUUGUUUCAAGUGAUGUGACUAAUUCUUAUGAAAGAAAAUUUUGGACUGAAUGAAAGACUUCAAAGUUCUUAUUUCUGUUAUCAAGGAAACUUGCCACAUGAACUGAAGUUUAUUACAAAUCUUGAGUGUGCCCUAUCCAGUGUGCAACAGAUCCUCAUGAAUGAAACUGUAAUCUGCAUCUCUGAACAAACACAACAAAGAACAACUUAUUUGUUAAGAAACUGUAAGAGUUACUGAGAGAAUAUGCAACUAGUUUAAGGAGACUACGUGAGAAGUAGUUUCUAAAAUUCAAUAUAAUAGUUUUCUUCCCACUCUAAGAGAGAAUGGACAUGUUAAGAACUCUCUUAUAAAGUUUAAUCAAUGCAGCAUCUGUGAUUUUAUCUAUGAUAUAUGACAUUCCCCUGUGAAUGAAUUAUCAAUAAUUUAAUAUAUUUUUGUUUGUGCUCAUUAUGCUCACUGUUUGAAGUACAUUCCUUUAGCAUUUAAAUAUUUCUACCAGGAUAAUAAGUGUAUAUUUUAAAAAGGAAAGUAAUAUUAUCUGUUAGAAUAGGAGAGGUUUAUUGAACAAUUCAGAGCUUUUUUUGAGUAUAUAUAUAUAUAUAUAUAUAUAUGAGACAGCUGUGCGUUAGAAAUACACUGAAGAUAAAUAUGUGGCUUAUAGUUGGGGUGUCAGGUGCUACAUGCAGUGGCAAAUCAACAGUAGCACAGUCUCUGCAUAAACAACUACCUGGUUCAUUUUUGGUAUGUCAGGAUGACUUCUUUCUGCCUGUAGAUAGCCAGCAACAUACUCUGAUCCCAGCCUUGAACCAUAUUAAUUGGGAAAUCAUGACAAGCCUGGAUAUGGAAAAAAUGCAUGCUGUUAUUGAAAACUGUCUUUUCUCUGACAGUGCUAAAACUGUUUUACCUAUCACCAGCUUAGUAGAGGCUGUUAACAGGGUGGCAGGGUCACCUCUCCAUGCAGAAAGUGAUAAAAUUGGAACAGCUCUUAAUAUCAAUACUGGAUGCCACAGAGCAAUACCAGAAGAUAUGGUACAGUUCAAACCAGAUGGCACUCAAUCAAUGGCAACAUGUGAAAUAGACACUGACAACAUAUCAUCAAAAACAAAGAUGGCAGAUGGCCAUGGUGACAAGCAAAUAUUGGGCGUUCGUAUUCUCAUUAUCGAAGGAUUUCUCAUUUUCAAUGACAAGAAAAUAGCUGACUUGUGCCACUGUAAGUACUUCUUAACUCUCACCAGAGAGCAAUGCUGGGCAAGACGAAGUGUCAGGCCAUAUGAUCCUCCAGAUGUACCAGGCUACUUUGAUCAGUGUAUAUGGCCUGAAUAUGAGAAACAUCGUGAUGAAGUUUUCAAACAAGUACCAAAUGUUAUUGUCAUAGAUGGAAAUCAGAACAGAACCAGUGUAUUGAAACAGGUUCUACUAGGUAUUACUCAAAGAGCUCAUGAGUUGCUUCAAUUACAGAAAAGUUGAUGGCUAAAUUAUGUAGCUGUUCUACUCUGGAUGAACAGAUAUUGAUGAAGUUUGGUGUUUUAGAAUUGUUACUGAAAUUCAACAACCAAAGCAAAUUUAGUCUAAUAUGAUAAAAACUGUCAUAUAAAUGUCCAAAUACAUUUUUUCAGAUUAGUAUUUACCAGAAUAUAACACAAUCCUCCUCCUAAAAAUUUAAAUUAAUGUAAAAGCAAUAUGUUUUAAAAUCAAAAGAGAAUGAAUGAAUAUGUUCCAUUACACAGCAAAAGAGAGAAAUAUACAAAAACUGUAGAGAAACAUCAUAUCACAUAAAUGGGAAAUAUGGCGGUAUUAUUAAACUACAAACACGUGUAUCAAUCAGGACAAAAAGAAAAAAAGAAAGAAAGAAAAAAGGAAAUGUUAAUCCAAAAGCAGAAUAUGGUCACUGCAAACUGUGACAGCAGUAGGACUCUAUACCUGAGGUUAUUUUAGAAUUAACAGACAUUAGUUUCUUGUCAACUUUAUGCAGAAAGACAAAUGAUUUCAUAUGAUGCAUUUAAGAUAAUGGAAAUCAUUUGUGCUUUGGGUUAGAAAGUCGUAUUUAUAGCUCUGUGAAGGAUGUCUAAGUUUCACU